CCCUCCCGUCUCUCUCUCUCUCUCUCUCUUUCUCUCUCUGGGUCAGUGCGUGGAAGAGAUUCUUGCGAGGUAAGUCAAGUCGCCAUGAACGGUGAGGUGGAGAUGAGCAUCCAGAAGGAGGGGGAGGAGGAGGAGAGAAGCAAACCGUACUGCUCGAGCGGCUCCAAAAGCUACUACGAGAUCGGUGUCGUCCGCAUUGGCGACCGCAUCAUCGAGACCACCAUCAGCGACUACCACUUCAUCGUCAAGAAGUGGCUCCGCUACAUCGACCGCAACUACCGGAAGCGCCGCGGGCCCCUCGUCGCCGGCCUCGCCGUCUUCCGCGCCCUCCCACGCCCCCCACGCUGGAGCCGGCGGACCCCCUCGGGGAGGCCCAGCAACCCCAACAACCCCAUCCGCGCCAUCGCCCUCUGCCUCGGCGGCUCCCACUGCCUCAUCUACCACGACGACCGCUACUGCGGCUUCCACACCCCCAAGGGCCUCAACGACUUCCUCGGCGACCGCAACCUCGCCGUCGUUGGGAUCGGGGCCAAGCUGGACGCCGAGCGGCUCGCGGCGGAGUGGGGGAUCCACGUCGCGCACCCUGUGGAGCUCCGGACGCUCGCGGCGAGGGCCUUCGGGAAGGAGCAGGUGUGGAAGGCGAAGCUGGUCAGGGGGCGGAUCGUGAUCAAGGGGCCGGGACUGGAGGAGCUGGCGGAGCUGGUUCUCGAUGGAAUGAAGGUGGGGAAGAAGCCAGAGCGCGUGGUGGACAACGAGCACAUCAUGUACGCCACCCGGGACGCCUUCCUCUGCUUCGAGAUCGGCCUCAAGUGCCUCAAGAUGCUCGGCCACCGGACCUGAGUCGGUUGGACUUAUUCGGGUUAGAGUUUCCGUCAUCUUCUGCUUCUAUUCUUGGAACUUGUGGAGAGGUCGUCGUUUCAGGGUUUCCGGCUGUGGAUCUCUGUAGAAAGAUAGUAGAAUGUCUGCUUUCAUGGAGAAAAUGGAAUGAAUAGUAUGAUCGGUUCUUUUCUUGA